GUGAUUUGUGCGUGAUGUGAGAGCGGUUUUUCCAGCCAUUUUUCAGUUCAAUUUGUUCAGACAGAGAUUAAUUUUAAAAAAAUAAUGGCGAAAAAAAAAGAAGAGUGGGGAAACAAGGAAUGAUGAAAAGUAGUGAAACAAAGAGGGGGGAAAUAAAGAAGAGGAGGUCCAUCCAACCAAACAAAAAGAGAAGAAUGGGUGGUGAGAGAGCAGACAAAGCUGAAUUUCACAUAGGAAAAACAAAAAAAAAAGAAGGGAUGCGCAGGAAUUAAGAGCUUACCAAGUGUAAGAAGACUUGUCCUGCUACUACUACUAGUAGAAGCAGCUUCCGUUCCUGCAAAAAAAUUCAACCAAGAAAGGCAACAAAAGAAAAAAAUUUAAUCAUCAUGAUCAUCAUCAUAUACUCUCUUCCACUCCCAAAAAGCUUAGUUUCUCUCCAUGAAAAUCCCUCUUCUUCCCUAACCACACCACACUUCUUUCGCACUUUCAACUUUACCUCCUCCUUACCAUGAAGAAACCCCCUUUCCUCCUCCUCAUCUUCCAUAACCUCUUCUUCUCCUGCUUUGCUCUAAGCAGUACUACGAGAGAUACCCAUGUCCCCUUCCAACUUCUCUCACUUCUCGCCCUUAAAUCCUCUCUCAAUGAUCCUCACUCCGCCCUGGCUGAUUGGGGAAUGAACAAAACCGGUUCUGAUGAUACACCCCUUUGGUGUUCUUGGUCCGGAGUCAGGUGCCACGCGAAAUCAGGCCAAGUUCUGUCUCUUAACCUGUCUCGUCGGAAUCUCUCUGGUGUUAUUCCGCCUCAGAUACGUUACUUGUCGAGCCUAACCCAUUUGAACUUGAGCGGAAACUCCUUCGACGGUCCUUUCCCCUCCUUCAUUUUCGAGCUCGUGAACCUAAGGGCUCUUGACAUCAGCCACAACUCGUUCAACACCACGUUCCCACCCGCCAUCUCCAAGCUCAAGCUCUUGAGAAUCUUUAAUGCCUACAGCAACAACUUUACAGGGCCAUUGCCGAGAGAGGUUACCCGUCUAAGCGCUUUGGAGGAGCUCAAUCUUGGAGGAAGCUACUUUGAAGGAGAGAUUCCUGGGGGAUACGGUAGCUUACCGAGGCUGAGGCUUUUACAUUUGGCCGGGAAUUUACUGACAGGAGUGUUACCUAAGGAACUAGGGUUCUUGAACGGGCUCGAGCAUUUGGAGAUCGGAUACAACCAGUUCAUCGGCCGAGUACCGAAAGAAUUCUCGUCGCUUUCGAAUCUAAGGUACCUGGAUGUCUCGAAUUGUGAACUUUCAGGCCCUCUCACUGAAGAACUUGGUAAUCUCUCCAAGCUCGAGGAACUUUAUCUGUUCAACAACAGGUUCACUGGCGAAAUCCCAAUUAGCUACACCAACUUAAAAGCUCUCAAGAGUCUUGACUUGUCGGAUAAUAAUCUGACGGGGGAAAUCCCGCGAGGGUUGUCUGAACUGAAGGAGUUGACAUGGCUGAGCUUGAUCAGCAACAACCUCACUGGAACCAUACCGGAGGGAAUGGGAGAGCUUCCGAAUCUAAGCAUAUUGCUUCUAUGGAACAACAAUUUCACAGGCAUGUUGCCUCAGAAACUGGGUUCGAAUGGGAAGCUGUUGAAGGUUGAUGUGUCGUCCAAUUCCUUGAACGGUCCAAUUCCUCCUGGACUCUGCCGUGGAAACAAGCUUUUCAACCUCAUCUUGUUCUCUAACCAGUUCGAGAAUGAGAUACCAAGAGAUUUAACCAAGUGUACCUCCCUGUGGAGGCUCCGGAUUCAGGACAACCAUCUAAACGGCUCUCUUCCUCACGGCUUCGGCCUCUUGCCGAACCUGACAUUCGUCGACAUGAGCAAGAACAGACUCACCGGCGAAAUCCCAUCAGAUCUCGGAAACUCGCCGGCGCUUCAGUAUCUGAACAUAUCAGAGAAUUCCUUUGGGAGCACAUUGCCGGAGGGUAUUUGGCGGGCACCGAAUCUCCAGGUUUUCUCAACGAGUUUCAGCAAUCUUACCGGAAAAAUCCCUGAUUUUGUUGGCUGCAAAAGCUUUUACAACAUCGAGUUGCAAGGAAAUUCAUUCAAUGGAAGCAUUCCAUGGAACAUUGGCCACUGUGAGAAGCUUCUGAGCCUGAAUCUCAGCCGCAAUUCACUCACUGGUAUCAUCCCAUGGGAGAUCACAACCCUUCCUUCGAUCACAUCCGUCGAUCUCUCCAACAAUCUCUUAACGGGAACGAUUCCGACAGAUUUCGCCAGCUGUUCAACGUUGCAGAAUUUCAAUGUCUCCUACAAUCAGCUCACCGGACCGAUCCCUGCAUCCGGAUCGAUCUUCCCCAACCUCCAUCCUUCAUCUUUCUCCGGAAACGACGGACUGUGCGGCGGUGUCUUGGCUAAGCCCUGCUCUGCCGAGACCCUCGCCACCACGGAAAAUGCUGCUCACGACCAUCCGCGGACGAAGAAGACGGCCGGCGCCAUCGCGUGGAUCAUGGCGGCUGCCUUCGCCGUCGCGCUGUGUCUCCUCCUCGCGGGGACCAGGUGUUUCCGCGCGGUGAAUCGCAGCCGUCAGUUCGCCGGAGAAACCCUUGAGAACCGGCCGUGGAAGCUCACCGCCUUCCAGAGGCUUAACUUCACGGCGGAGGAUCUCCUCCAGACCUUAUCGACGACAGACACGAUCUUAGGCGUGGGAUCCACAGGAGCCGUGUACAAGGCGGAGAUGCCAAGCGGCGAGACCAUAGCGGUGAAGAAGCUAUGGGGCAAGCACAAGGAUCACAAGAUCCGCCGGCGGAGAGGCGUCCUUGCUGAGGUCGAAGUCCUCGGAAACGUAAGGCACCGCAACAUCGUCCGACUCCUCGGCUGCUGCAGCAAUGGCGAAUGCACGAUGCUGCUCUACGAGUACAUGCCCAACGGAAACCUAGACGAUCUGCUCCACCGGAAAACCAAAGGGGAUACGGCGGAGGCAGCGGCGGAUUGGACGGCGAGGUACAAAAUUGCUCUCGGUGUGGCCCAGGGGAUAUGCUAUCUUCACCAUGACUGCGAUCCAGUGAUCAUCCACCGAGAUCUGAAGCCGAGCAAUAUACUUCUCGACGGAGAGUUCGAGGCCCGAGUGGCCGAUUUCGGAGUCGCGAAGCUGAUUCAAACAGAUGAAUCCAUGUCCGUCAUCGCUGGCUCCUACGGUUAUAUCGCACCAGAGUACGCGUAUACGUUACAAGUAAGCGAGAAGAGCGACAUAUACAGCUUCGGAGUGGUGUUAAUGGAGAUCAUCACCGGAAAACGAUCGGUGGAGCCGGAAUUCGGAGACGGAAACAGCGUCGUCGAAUGGAUCAGGAGCAAGAUCAAGAGGAGAGAAGGAGUGAGCGAGAUCAUGGACAAGAACGCAGGAGCCGACUGCGCGUUGGUGAGGGAGGAGAUGCAACAAAUGCUCAGGAUUGCUCUGCUGUGCACAAGUCCUAAUCCGGCUGAUCGGCCUUCCAUGAGAGACGUCGUGAUGAUGCUUCAAGAGGCGGAGCCGAAGCGGAAGAACUCCGGCGACGGCGACGCUAAUUAGAUAUUUUUUUCAAAUUUGUUAAUAUUUUUUUAUAAUUUGGCGCCAUGUCUAUUUUCGGUUUUUGUCUUGAGUUUUUUUUUUCCCUUUCUAAUUUGGUGGUGUUGGUAUAGGGAUUUUUUUUCUUCUUCUUUUGGCUUUUUAGAUUUGAGUGAGAGAUCUUCGAAUUCGGUUAUUUA